CAUACUUCAGGGAUAUUUUCCUUUCUUCAGUUGUCAAAAUUUAUCGAAGUUCGAACAAUAAAAUCAGAAUCAGAAUAUUGUUCAUCGGGGUUAAAAUUAACUCUACAAAAGUUUUUAGAAUCAAACGUGAAGCAUACGUAGCAUAUUUUUGUAAAAAAAUAUACAGACAAUUAGCCAUGAAAUUACUGUCGAGUUUAAGUGAAAUACCUGAGCUAACGAAGCCUCACGUUCAUAUCAAGGACAAGGAUGUUUUAUUAGAGAAAAUAAAUAAUUUAAUAGCAGAUGGCAACAAGAAACUACAGAUUGUUACUGAUUUUGACCACACUUUAACUAGACAUCAUAUGGAUACUGGAAGAAUUGUUCUCACCAGCUUUGGUAUGUUAAGAGAAUGUCCAUCAGUACCACAAUAUUAUCGAGAUGAAGAUAAUAGACUCUCUAAUAUUUAUAAACCAAUAGAAGUCGAUUCAGAAAUGGGUAUUGAGGAAAAGACAAAACACAUGAUUGAUUGGUAUAUUGCAGCUCAUAAACUUUUAGUAGGUAUGAAAUUACCUAAGCAAGAAUUAUUAGAAAUCAGCAAAAAAAUGGUGGAAUGCUUCAGAAUUGGUGUUAAAGAUUUAAUAAUGUGGAGUGAUAAACAUCAAGUCCCUGUGUUGGUGUUUUCUGCUGGUCUCGGUGAAUGUGUUGUGGCCGCUCUGGAAGCUGCUAAUUUUCUGUUACCAAAUGUCAAGGUGAUCUCAAACUUUUUGGCUAUUGAUAAGAAUGAUACAAUAGUCGGAAUCAAGGGUGAAGUUAUUCACACAUACAAUAAAAACGAGGCAGUGAUAAAGAAUACAGAGUAUUAUGAGAUGGUGAAAGAACGCAACAAUGUGGUGCUGCUGGGCGAUAACAUUGGUGACGCGGGGAUGGCGGAGGGGAUGGACCACUGCGAUGUCAUCAUCAAGGUGGGAUUCCUCGGCCGAAACGUUGACGCCAACCUAAACAACUAUAUGAACAAGUUUGACAUUGUUCUUGUCAACGACCAUACCAUGGAUGUUGCCAAUGCCAUAUGUAAAUUGAUGCUAUAACACUUCCCAUUUUAUAUGAACUUUGAAAUAAAAAAAUUAAAAAUGGAGCCUAUCAAUAUUGCAAGAUGCCUAUUGCAUUAUUGUGUAAUAUAAAUAUUAUGAACUUGUACUCAUACUCAGAUUGUUUUAGUCCAAUGGACUGUGUGCUUAUUUUUGUAAUUCGUUAAACAAUUUAUUGUUAUGUUAUGAGCAGAUUCUGCUUUGUUAUAUUUUUUGUUUGAACAUACUUAUGUAUAUUUUGUUUUAUACUGUUAUAGAUAGUUAACAUGAAAUUAAAUUUUCUUAUUAAUAUACUUUAUAUACCAAUAUAGAUAACAUAGAUUAAAUAUUUCAUUUCUAGAUUUAACUCUGUACAAGCCAAAUAUUGACAUUACUAAAAAUGCAUUUCUACACAUGCAUAUCAAGUAUUUAUAGUUACUUUUACAUAACAAAUGUACAAAGAUAGUAUUUGUCGACAAAGCUUCAGUGAUAUUAUAUUAGUCCUCAAUGAGUAGAUAUUGUAAAUCGACAGUAUUCUCGAAGCUUGUUCAGGUAAAUGCUACAGUAGGUAAACAAAUUUUCAGUUUUUAUGUGACAUUUUUGUGAUAUGGUUGAAAUAAAACAAUUUUUAAAAAUUAAA